CCCCGCUCUUGGUGAAAUCAACCUUCUCCCUUGCUUCGGUCAACUCUCCAAAAGAUUCUCACUUUGAUUGAGCUUAAGCCUUACUCCAACCAAUAUCCACCUUCAGCCUUCAUCCAUCCCUCAUCGAUCCACCAUUCGAAUUCAUUUCCCUCUAUUUGAGAGCUUUAUUACUCGUUUCAAAUCUCAACCGACUUUCAAAUCAUUUCUACUUAAAUCUCGUCCGUUCACUCGUCCCCUCGCGUCGAUAGACAACACGUUACUUCUUCAACGCGCUUCAUACAGCUUCAGUAGCUAGUAUCAUUCACUCUUGAUCUGAAACGUUCCGAGAUGUCUAAAAGAACCACCUCUGCCUCCGUAAACGCCGAACAGAAGCGUCGGGACAUUGAAAAAUAUCAUGAUCAGAUCUUCUAUUCAGCGCGAUACUCAGACGACUUUUGGGAAUACCGCCAUGUCAUCUUACCCAAACAGCUGGUGAAGUAUCUACCGACCGAUCGUUUGGCUGAGGAAGAUGAAUGGAGAGGUCUUGGUAUCCGACAGAGUCCUGGAUGGGAACAUUAUAUGCGACACGCCCCAGAACCUCAUGUCCUCUUAUUCAAACGAGAGAAGGACUAUCAGACGAAGUGAGUUGCUGAAGAUCCUCGACAACAGCUUCCGGCUUGCUCAGCUCAUCUUCACACUCAGAUAUCCGGCAUAAAUGUACAAUGUCCUUCAACGUAGUAACCCCAUAUGAAACCCAUAGGUCCAUACUGAUUAGCAACAGACGUCGGUAAAUGACCUCAAUCAAGAUUCCUUCGAUUUUCCUUACAGCUCCAUCAUCGAUAUAUGCCGUUUGUCCUUUGAAGAAUCCCAGCGAGUCUUUGUCGUUGUCUAUCAUUAUAGUCUUUCUCGUACUUCCGAAUGCUAGUGAACGUUCUCUCUCCAUGUUGAAUCGGUGUAUGUUGCCUAUGUUUGAGUGUGUUUUUUGAUGAUCAUUCAGACGACCUUUUCUAUUUUAUUUUGUAUUUUUUAAUGUUCAAAUCUGCCCUCUCCAACAAAUAAAGUCACUGGAGACUUCAAGGUCCCUCUUCAAUAUUGUUUGCAAGUUCAAACCCCUGGAUCUCUUGUAUGCUCCUAUCUUGCAUGAUUUUAUGGAUAUGCCCAGCCACUGUUUAAAUGCAAACUAUGAUGCC